UAUAGCGUCAUUGUUACACAUGACAACCAAACAUUCACUCACAAGUCACGAUGGAGGCAAGGCGUCAAGAUCUGCACCACACCAGUACAGGCGUUGGCCAUGAUUAUAGGCCAGGGUAUUACUUCCCAAGUUCAAAUUAUCAGCCUGUUCUGAAUGAGCCGAUGCCACCAAGCCUUGCCAAACAAGAUGAAAUAACAAAUACACGGAGAUUCGAAACAACAACCGGACAUUUUCAUGACAAGAAAUACCUAGAUGGCGUUUAUUCCAACCCCAUUCAUAAAAAAGCUCCAGGUCACUGGAAAGUUGGAUAUGUGAAAGACCACAUUGAAAAGCUUGGUAAGGGAAGUUGGAGGAAGCCUUUGACAAUGGGCAACCAGAAAACAGAGCAACAGGACCAAUUUGACAACAAACGAGGUUUAAAUGUAGGCACUCAAGAAUUCACACCAAAUCCACAGCCAUUCAAUUUACUUAAUCAUCACAAUGAAGGACCAUCAAAGAAAAUGGUUCCAUCCACUCUGAAUGAGAAGAUCAAGGGAAUGGUCUUCUACCCCAAAGACAAGGGUGUACUCAGACUGGACGACACCUACUUGACCACAACCAACAAAGACCACAGGGCUUUCUCCAGACACGAGUUGGAUGGCUAUCCAAGAAAAGAUGCAACAACAUACUGGGAGUGUGAGGAGUACCCCAAGGCAUGGGGACAUGGGCAAAAACACAACCCUGUGCCAAAAGACACAGUACCAAGAGAAAAUCUUCCAAUGCGUGACCCAACUUGGUUUAAAUUCAAGACAAAGAUUCCACGUCAACCCAAUGCUAUGCUGCCUGUCCCUCAUAGUGGUCUCAAGUCUCUGCAACAGGACUCUUAUGUAACUCCCUCUGAUGUCAAGCUUAGAGACAUUUUCUUCUGCCCUGUAGACACUCCAUAUGUUCUACCAGAGCCUGGACCUAAAUCUACAUUUACUGCUCCUAAAAUGUACAAGACCGAAUACAAUCACAUUGGAGGUGAAGAGGUGGUCAUAGUAUAAGUGCUGUACUCCAUUAUUCAGACACAGAUACAAUAAUGACAAUAAUUGUGUCAGUGUACAGAACUUUAUCAAGAUUGGCUUCCAAAGAAAUGGGAAUUAUGUAAGAUUUUCACAUAUUGAGAUAUAGAACAUUUUACACUGCAUAACAUUAAAAUGCGCCAUCGACAUCAUCAUCUGCACACCACCAUCGCUGUAUAUAUAUAUUUCAUUCAUUUAUCAUUUGUAAUUUUUUUUUUUUUUCAUGGACAAAAAUAA